CUUGGGUUAUGGGUUGUGUGCAUGGGACUUUGGUAAUUAACCCUGCAAGGACUAUGGUUGUACUCAAAGAUAGUUUGGACUAUUUACUGGGGACUCUGAGAAAGGGGAAACUGAGGCAGGUGUGCCUCUCAUGCUGUGGCUUGCUGUAGAAGGGCACUCCAAGCAAGGUUGCUGUUUGACACAGCUAUCCAUUUUGCUUAAUCCAUUUAAUGUAUUUAUAUCUCUAUGUGUUUUCUAUUUAAGUCUUUCAAGGCUCUAAUCUCAGCUGCCUCAACAGUGCCCAGAAUUUGUCUGAGGAACUCAGUGGAAAUACCCAGAAUACGUCCGAUGACCUUCACAGAAAUACUGUGAUGAUGCUGGGCAAAUUAAGGGAACAUUUUUGUGGGGAGUUAGAGAGCGGAAAAGCAGAACAUGCCCAGUGUGAGUACUGCCCAGUUGGAUGGGUUCUGCACCAUGGGAAAUGCUACUAUUUCUCGGAGAAGAAAAAAAACUGGAGUGAUAGCAAGUGGUACUGCAGCUCACAGGCAGCCAGCCUCACUGUGAUUGACAAUGAGGAGGAGAAGACCUUUAUUAUGAACAGGAUGAAGAUGGAAAAAGGCUACUAUUGGGUUGGACUCAGUAAGGGGAAGGACGGAUGGCUGUGGGUGACUGGUGCUGGGUUACCAGCAGAGAAAUCACAGUUCUUAACCAAAGGAACAUAUGGCUCUGUUAAGGAAAAUUAAUCAGAUCUUAUUAUUCCUACUUGUUUUGACCAUCUGUGUCAUUCUGUAUAAUAAAGUUCACAAGGUGCCAUCUACAUUAAAUAAUGAAACAAUUGAUUUGGAGAGUCCUGAGGAGAUGGAAGAAGAAAUUCCAGUGGUGAUAUGUGCUGCUACGGGUAGAAUGGGCGCAGCGAUAGCAGCAAUCAGUAGCAUCUACAGCAACACGGAUGCUAAUGUUUUGUUCUACAUAGUUGGCCUAAAGAACACAAUUCCACAUAUCAGAAAAUGGAUUGAAAAUACCAAAUUGAAAGAAAUAAAGUAUAAAAUUGUAGAGUUCAACCCUAUGGUACUAAAAGGAAAAAUAAGACCAGAUGCAUCACGCCCUGAGUUACUCCAGCCUCUGAACUUCGUUCGAUAUUAUCUCCCCCUGCUUAUCCACAAACACGAGAAAGUCAUAUAUUUGGAUGAUGAUGUGAUUGUGCAAGGUGACAUCCAGGAACUGUAUGACACAAAGCUAGAUCCAGGCCAUGCUGCAGCUUUUUCAGAUGACUGUGAUUUGCCUUCUACUCACGAAAUGGUGAGAAGUGUAGGAAUGCAGAACACAUACAUGGGAUAUCUGGACUACCGGAAGCAAACAAUUAGAGACCUUGGCAUCAGCCCCAGCACUUGCUCCUUUAACCCUGGUGUAAUUGUGGCUAAUAUGACAGAAUGGAAGCACCAGCGGAUUACAAAGCAAUUAGAAAAAUGGAUGCAAAGAAAUGUAGAAGAAAACCUCUACAGCAGCACCCUUGGGGGAGGUGUGGCCACUUCUCCAAUGCUCAUUGUAUUCCAUGGAAAAUAUUCUACUAUUAAUCCCUUGUGGCAUGUGCGACAUCUUGGGUGGAGUCCCGAUGCCAGGUAUUCAGAGCAUUUUCUUCAAGAAGCUAAAUUACUUCAUUGGAAUGGAAGGUAUAAACCUUGGGAUUACCCUAGUGUUCAUAAUGACCUGUGGGAAAACUGGUUUAUCCCUGACCCAUCAGGGAAAUUCAAAAUGAUUCGUCCUAAUAGCUGAUAUUGAAAGAUAUCUAAAAUGUUUAUGCUUUUAAAAAUAAAUUUCCAGCAAGACUGUAAUGGAUUAUUCUAUUUCUAUACCAUACUUUGCAAUACAGUUUAACUGUAUAUGUAACUGAUUUUACAAAACUAACCCGUAAAUAUUUAAGCUUCACCCUAAAAAUAAAUGUUGAGUUAAUGUGCUGGUAUAGGGGGUAAAACAUGCAUACAAACUUCAGAUUAGCUUGAGUUUCUAGUAAUAUUGUGAAAUAUGUUUACUUGAUUAAGACAUUUUAAAAUGUUUACAAAUAUGAAAAUCACAACUAAACAAUGGGUUUUCAUGCAAUGUUUUGUAUCAUCUAAAGAAGAUUCCAGUUGCUUCUUGAAUCUAUACGAGCAGUACUAACAGUGCUGAAUACAAGAUGUUUUAGCUUUCUAGUCCUGUUUUUUUAAGCAGCAUUAAACCAAAAUGAAUGAAACAUUUCAA